UCCGUUUGUAAAGACGUCAGACACUUUACUAACCAAUCACAGGGCAGAAUCUAAGAUGGCGGAAUCGGAGAUGAGUGUCAGGAGCUGUAGAGAGUUAUGGACCAUUUUGCUGGGGAAGUCUGCUCUGAGAGAAUCGGCUCAAAUAGAGGGAGAGCUUGACAAGCACUGGGACAGACUGCAUCAGGGACUCAGUUACUACAAGCCACCCAGUUCAUCCUCCGCUGCGAAAGUUAAGGAAAACAAAGAUGUUGCACAGCCCCUGAAAGACUUUGGUCUGAGGAUUAGUAAACUGCUGAAUCUUGAUGAGCAGCAGAGUGUGCAGCUUUUACAGUGCUAUCUGCAGGAGGACUACAGAGGAACUCGUGAUUCUUUAAAGGUUGUUCUCAACGAGGAACGGAAGAGUCAGGCUCUUCUCCUAAAGAUCGCUGAUUAUUACUAUGAGGAGCGCAUGUGUCUGCUCAGAUGUGUCCUGCUGCUGCUGACAUACUUCCAGGAUGAGCGACACCCCUAUCGGGCCGAGUACAGUAACUGUGUCAACAAGUUGGAGAAGGACCUGGUGAACAGCUAUCAGUCACAGUUUGAGAACCUCUUCAAGGCUGAAGCACCAACAUGGGAAACCCAUGGCAACCUCAUGACGGAGAGACAAGUCUCACGGUGGUUCCUGCAGUGUCUGAGGGAACAGUCUCUGCUGUUGGAGAUCAUCUUCCUGUAUUAUGCAUACUUUGAGAUGAGCCCACCCGACCUUGUAAAAUUCACCAAAAUGUUCAAAGAGCAAGGCUUUGGGUUGCGUCAGACUAACAGACACCUGGUGGACAAGAGCAUGGACGUGCUGGUUGACCGGAUCGGAUACUUGAGCUCCCUCAUCCUGAUUGAAGGGAUGGACAUAGACUUCCUGCACAAGUGUGCUCUGGAGGACUGUACAGACAGGCAUCAGUUUUCUGCUGCCCCUGACAUCAUUAAGGAGAUGGAUCAACUGUUGCUGACAUUUGGUGACAUCCCACAUCACGGACCUGUGUUGUUGGCUUGGGUGUUGCUGAGACACACACUCAGACCAGACGAGUCGAGCCCUGUGAUCAGGAGGAUAGGCAACACGGCCCUGCAGCUUGGAGUGUUCAAGUACCUUUCAACCAUGCUGAGAGGCCUCGGAGCCUCGGGGAAUAACUGUACGGCAAGCACAGCCAAAAUGUGUGUUUAUGGCCUCCUCUCAUUUGUGAUCACCUCUUUUGAAGAAGAAAGCCUGCAGACCGACGGUGUGGAGACACAGAGCUCUCACCUGAUCGAUGUUGCCUGUGAAGUUCUCUCUGCUCCCAAUUUAGCUGAAAUCUUCUGGGAAAUGAAGCCCAACAUGGGACUGGGGAUGAUCCUGGACAGUGCAGCUGGAAUGUUUCCGCACAAAAUAGGACCUCUGCUGCAGCUUCUGACUGUGCUUGUAUCAAACAAGUCGACUGUAAAAAAGGUGUACAACUUCUUGGAUAAGAUGUCCUUUUACACACAAGUUUACAAACACAAACCCAGUGAUGUCAUUUCCAAGGAUGACGGGACGCUGUGGAGGAGACAAGCUCCAAAACUCCUCUACCCUCUUGGCACAGGUCAGACCAAACUGUGGAUGCCACAGGGGGUUCUGGGCCAGGUGAUGAUGGCGGGUGAACAGGGCUACGUGGUGCGCUGGGACCACUCCUAUAGCUCUUGGACUCUCUUCACCUGUGAGGUGGAGAUGCUUCUUCAUGUUGUCUCAACCGCAGACGUCAUCGCUCAUUGUGCGCGUGUCAAACCCAUUCUGGAUCUGGUCCAUAAGAUCAUCAUCGUUGACUGGACUGUGUCGGAUUGUUUGCUGCCUGUUACUUCACGCAUUUACAUGUUGCUGCAAAGGCUAACGUCGGUCAUCAACCCUCCGGUGGAUGUGAUUGCUUCCUGUGUGAACUGCCUCUCUGUUCUGGCUGCAAGGAUGCCGGGGAAGGUGUGGUCCAGUCUGCAGCAUACUGGUUUCCUCCCCUUUGCCUCCAUCCCUUUGACCAACAUGGCACAGUGUGUCAGUGCUGAGGGGAUGAAAGCAGGUAACUAUGGCAACCUGCUGGUCCAGAUUGAGCAGCCCAGGGGGGAGUAUGCCGUGACGAUUGCAUUCCUUCGCCUCAUCACGACUCUGGUUAAGGGGCAGCUAGGAAGCACUCAGAACAAAGGUCUCAUUCCCUGUGUGCUGCUGGUGCUAAAAGAGAUGCUGCCCACCUACCACAAGUGGCGUUACAACACCUAUGGGGUCAGAGAGAGGAUAGGUUGUCUGAUUUUGGAGCUGAUUCAUGCCAUUCUCAAUCUGAGCCCAGAAGGAGAGGACCAGGGCAGCACCCCCGCGCUGCAGUCCCUUAGCAUCUACAGUUUGGCAAACACAGAAGCAGGACAAGCUGUGGUCAACAUCAUGGCCGUCGGGGUGGACACCAUAGAUGUGGUUCUAGCUGCUCAGCCCAGCAGCUCAGGAUCCGAGAGUCCCGGUCAGAUCCUGAUCCAGACUGUCAAACUGGCCUUCUCUGUCACAAACAACGUCAUCCGUCUGAAGCCAGCAUCCGAUGCCGUGUCCCCCCUGGAGCAGGCGCUCACGCAGCACGGCUCUCACGGCAACAACCUCAUUGUCGUUUUAGCCAAAUAUAUUUACCAUAAACACGAUCCGGCGCUGCCUCGCCUCGCAAUCCAGCUCCUCAAGAGACUUGCCACAGUGGCUCCCAUGUCCGUCUAUGCUUGCCUUGGCAGCGAUGCAGCAGCCAUCAGAGACGCCUUCCUCACUCGACUGCAGAGCAAAACCGAAGAUAUGAGGAUCAAGGUUAUGAUUCUGGAGUUCCUCACUGUCGCCGUGGAAACCCAACCAGGCCUCAUUGAGCUCUUCCUCAAUUUGGAAGUAAAAGAUGGAAGCGAAGGGUCAAAGGAGUUCCUGCUGGGCGAGUGGAGCUGUCUCCAUGUGGUUUUGGAUCUGAUCGACUCCAAACAGCAGGGGAAGUACUGGUGCCCCCCCCUGCUCCACCGGGCAGCCCUGGCCUUCCUGCUGGCCCUCUGGCAGGAUCGCAGAGACAGCGCCAUUUCAGUUCUGCGCACCAAAGAAAAAUUUUGGGAGAAUCUGACAAUGCCUCUCUUUGGAACCCUCACCCCACCUGCAGAAACCACAGAGCCCUGUGUUCUGGAGGCCUGUGCAUUUGUCAUGAAGAUCAUUGGCCUGGAGAUCUACUACGUUGUCAGCGGCUCCCUGGAGCAGUCUCUGAAGGACGGGCUUCAGAAGUUCUCAAACGCUCGGCGCUACGAGUACUGGUCCCAGUAUGUCAAGUCGCUGGUGUGCCACGUGGCAGAGACCGAGGAGGAAGGCAUCUGUUACUUCCCAGAGACACAAAUGCUGAUCUCUGCUUGGAGGAUGCUACUGAUUCUCUCCACGAGCCACGCUGAUGUGAUGCAACUAACAGAUGAAUCAACCAAGAUGAAGCUUUUUCUGGAUGUCCUAGAUGCAACCAAAGCUUCUCUGUCCUCACCCACGUCUGUGCCUUGUCUUCGUCUGGGAUCCAUGAUGGCGACCCUCCUCCUCGUCCUGCUUAAACAGUGGAGAAGUGUGGUAGCAGCAGCUCCUGACAUCCUGUCUCCCCUCUCCCUGAUCUUGGAGAGUGUCCUGCAGGCCGACCAGCAAAUGAUGGAGAGAACCAAAGCCAAAAUCUUCUCCGCUCUCAUUUCUGUGCUGCAGAUUCAGGGCCUUGACGGUGGAGAUAUCUCCCUGCUGCCCCAGCUCCUGCGCUCCGUGUGUGAGACGGUUAAAGACGAGGCGCUGGCGCUGAUCGACGGCACUCGUCACACAAGUCUGACGGGGGAAGUGGCGGAGCAGGAGGACAGCAUGGAGACAGAUUGUCCUCGGGGACCACAGAAGGACCAGAGAGAUGGGGUGUGUGUUCUAGCGCUCCACCUGGCUAAGGAGCUGUGUCUGACCGACGAGGGCGGGGAACACUGGGUGUCGGUGAUGAGGAAUAUCCCGGUUCUGCCCACGGUGCUCAGCGCUGUGGAGCUCAGUCUGCGCUCUAAACAAAACCUCUACUUCACUGAGGCUGCCCUUCACCUGCUGCUCACGCUGGCCCGCACCCCACAGGGAGCAGCUGCCGUAGCUGGAGGAGGAGUCAUCCAAACUAUCUGCCUCCCUCUUCUGAGUGUUUAUGAGGUCUCAAACGGUGCACUGCAGAGUUUUUCUAGGAAGUCCCAAGAUUCCACCUGCUGGCCAGGUGUGUACCGCCUCUGCAUGUCUUUAAUGGAGAGCCUCCUCAAAACGCUGCGCUACAACUUCAUCAACGAGGCCUUGGACUUUGUCGGAGUACAUCAAGAACGCAUUUUACAGUGUCUGAAUGCGGUGCGCACGGUGCAGAGCCUGGCCUGUUUGGACGAGGCCGAUCACACCGUUGGGUUCCUGCUGCAGCUCUCAAGCUUCUGUAAGGAGUGGCAGUUUCACCUUCCCAAUCUGCUCCGAGAUGUGCAGGUAAACCUGUGUUACCUGUGCCAGACCUGCACAUACCUGCUUCACAGCAAGAAGAUGCUCCAUCACUAUCUACAGGCCAAAAACGGCGAGGCGUUGCCGCCCGGUCCUCUCCCCAGGACCCAACGGCCUCCUCAAGGUAAAGAUGCAGCAGCAGGAGGAGGAGGAGGAGGAGACGAAGCAGAGCAGAAGGCCCUGCUGGCUGUGCAGUGCAGCCUUCUGAAGAUCCUCAGUAAAACUCUGGCAACCCUGCAGCACUUCACUCCAGAUUGCUGCCAGAUUCUCCUGGACCAGUGCAUGGACCUGGCUGAGUACAGGACCCUGUUUGUGCUCAGCUUCACUACUCCUGCGUUCGACCCCGACGUGGCCCCGUCCUUUGGGACCCUGCUGGCCACCAUCAACGUGGCUCUGAGCAUGUUGAGCGAGACGGAGAAGAAGAAGGAGCCGGUUUCUCUAAGCAUCGUCUCUCUGGCCUCAUCAGAGGAGAUCCAAGCUCUGAAGUCGUUGCUGAUGUUCACCAUGGAGAAUUGCUUUUACGUUCUGAUCUCUCAGGCGGUUCGGUGUCUCAAAGAUCCCGUCAUCCUUCCUCGAGACAGACAGAGACUCAAGCAGGAGCUCAGCUCCGAACUGAGCACCCUUCUGUCUAGCCUGUCCCGUCACUUCAGGAGGGGCUCUCCAUCAUCUCCAGCCAGUGGCCUCCUCCCUUCCCUUCAGCCUAAACCCCCCACACCCGGCUCAAAGACCACCCACGAAGGCCAGGAGCCCAUCAUCCAGCUCGUCCAGGCCUUCGUCAGACUCGUGCAAAGAUGAAUGCGGGGCUUAUUUGCAUAAAAUACAUCAAAACAUGCUGCAUUUUUCCUUUGGUGUAAAUUUAAAGAACUUUAAUUCUAAUUGGUGUCACAUUUCAACAGUUUCCCCUCAGAUGUGUGUAAAUGGGAAGUCUCGAGGGCUAGGAUUUUAGUUACCUGAAACAGAACCAAGGUGUUGAGAAAGUUGCCUGAUGUCGUUCAGACAUGUUUGCCUUUGUAACCGGGAGAUUUGGUGCUGCUCGGACUGUGGUCCAUGUUUUCCAGGCCUAGUUUUAUAGGUCGCUAACAGCAAAAGGACCAUAAAUGUUGCUAGUGCUACUAAAAUCUAACCUCUGCACGACCGAAAGUGGUAAUGCAGAUCCUGUAAAACAAACAGUUUUUUCUCUAAUUUGACUUGAGCUAUUUUUUUGCAUUUGUUAUUCAGUAAACAUUCUGCAGUGGCUGCCAACAUUUGUACUUUAAAAGAGGAAAAAAAGGAAUUCUAAUAAAGGGACUUUUGUACCACAGA